AUCGUCCACCUCCUUAAAAACGAUGUUUACAGCAGCUCCGCGAACAAGUCAACCUCAAUUACCAAACCCAUGCCAUAUCAUCCUUCUAGAACUUCCAAGAUUUCCAUCCACCAAAUCCCAAGAAUAUAUAGAUAUGCAUGUAACUAAAAAUUGAGAGUUGCUCUCUGAUUUCUUUCCCCCAAGUCUGAUCUACACCAGAGGCAUAAUUACCACCAUAGUUCCCAUAUCAUCAUCCUCUCUUUCCUUUCUCAUUAUCCGAACACCCAAAACUCCACUCGUGCUUCUCACCAACUUAAGCUACAAGUUGUCUUUCAGACCCACACAUCAUGGGUUUGAAGACUACAUUGAGAACCAUCUUACCCAGUUGCUUCAAGGCUAAAGAAACACCCCGUGAGCUGAAAAGCCGAGUUUCUGAGCAAUAUUCGUCUAAGAGGCUAUCACUUUCGGAUUUGAGCAACCCCGAUUCAUCGCUUUCCAUCAGUGACAUCUCCAAUUCUGUGAUUGGAACAAACCUUCAUGUAUUCACUCUCCAAGAGCUGAAGUUGAUCACUCAGAACUUUUCAUCAAGCAACUACCUGGGUGAAGGCGGGUUUGGCCCGGUUCAUAAAGGGUUCAUCCAUGACAACAUUAGACCUGGCUUGGAGGCUCAGCCUGUUGCUGUCAAGUUACUAGAUUUGGAUGGCACUCAAGGCCACAUGGAAUGGCUGGCUGAAGUCAUCUUCCUCGGGCAAUUGAAGCAUCCCCAUCUGGUAAAGUUAAUCGGAUAUUGCUGCGAGGACAAGCACAGGCUUCUUGUUUACGAAUACAUGGCGCGAGGCAACCUAGAAAACCAACUGUACAGAAGGCAUUCUAUUCCAUUGCCGUGGUCAACUAGGAUUAAAAUUGCGGUUGAGGCUGCAAAAGGCCUUGCUUUCCUCCACGGCGAAGAGAAACCAGUCAUAUAUAGGGAUUUUAAAUCUUCCAACAUCUUACUAGACUCUGAUUUCACUGCCAAGCUGUCUGAUUUUGGUCUAGCAAUGGAUGGCCCUGAAGGAGACAAGACACAUAUCACUGCACGUGUCAUGGGCACGCAAGGCUAUGCCGCUCCUGAGUAUAUCAUGACGGGUCAUUUGACAACGUUGAGCGACGUAUACAGCUUUGGCGUAGUUCUGCUGGAAUUACUAACAGGGAGGCGAGUUGUGGACAAGAGCCGUCCCAAUAGAGAGCAGAUGCUAGUAGAAUGGGCGCAACCCCUUCUGAGGGAUCCUCAGAAGCUUGACCGAAUAAUUGACCCAAGACUAGACGGGCAGUACUCAAGAGAAGGGGCAAAGAAGGCUGCAGCCUUGGCAUAUCAAUGCUUGAACCACCGCUCAAAGUUCAGACCCACAAUGAGUAAUGUGGUCAAUACCUUGGAACCUCUUUUGGACAUGGAUGACAUCCCAGCUGGGCCCUUUGUGUACAUUGUCUUCACCGAAGGUGAAAAUGAAAAAGGAGAAGGAAAGAAGGCUGAAAAGAAUAAGAAUGAGAAUAAAGGCAAAGAAAUGAAGAGAGAAAAGAAAGCGCAAGGUCUCCCCAGGCCGCCAAAAGGUCAUAGGCACAGACAUCGACUAAGCUCAUCUUGUUCGCAAGCUGUUUUCUCUGACACUGCUCUGUAUAGAACUAUUAAUAACGAUUUAGAUUUGUGAAGGGAGGGCUCUUCUUUAAGAAUACAGGCUUGAACUCUCAAGAAGAAUGUAUUGUUUUGGUGCCAAUAAAAACUCAGGCAUGCUUUUUUUGACUUCAGAAAAUUAGUUGCUGGAUCUAAAUUUGGAGCCGGUCCCUUUUUUUUUCAGCAGAGGUAAGAGAUAUUCAAAUCCAACACAAGAACCCCAAUACCCAACAGUAGUUUUCUAGGGGACGGACAAACCUUUGUUCACAAAGUAUAACAAUUGCAACAUAUGCUAGAACUAUGUGAUUUGGAUGAGACACAUACAAUAUAAUUCAUUAUUCUUUCGAAAUGCCUUGCAAAUCAUGACAAGAAAACCCCGAACACAAAACACGAUAACAACAUCGGUUCACGUACAAUCUAACAAUUAUAGAGAACCCUGAAAAACAGGCCAUUCUCACAUAGCAGUAGUAUACAGAGGAAGUGGAAGUCGAGGCUUUGCCACAACGGCUAGCGGGAACUUCUUCGGCAUCGAAAGCCCGAAAAGUUCCUCCAUAUCCAGAUCUUCUUUCUUCAUUCCAUCAGGCAAAUUCCAGGUAAAUCCAUGCAAAAGAUUAGCCAAACUCGACUGAAUCACCUUCAGUCC